AAAAGUACAAAUAAAAAUUUAUCGAAAUCCUGGGUCCAGGUACACUUAACAUUACAUCAAAUACUUUGUGCACGGUGCGUGAAGAGGACAAUCCCUCUACACUCGGGCAUUGAUCAACCACCAGCGCACUUUAAUUUAAACGACUUCAUCUUCUUCCCUUGGAACGCCACCCCUUUGUUUCUUUAGUAGCUUUCAUCAUGGCUGUGAUCGGUCGUGCAUGGCGAAUCAAAUCUUCUUCUUUUUCUUCUUCUUCUUCCAAAUCUACCUGUCCCAAAAAGCCUGCCUCCACCGAACCAGAACGGCGCCACCAGAGGUACCAAAGCAGCACAAACGAACCAACGUCACCGAGAGUGAGCUGUAUGGGCCAGAUCAAGCGCUGCAAACUACCUCCACCGCUUCCGCUGCCGAAUCCACCACCGCUCCGACAUGGCUUUUCCUUUUUUCCGGUUUCAGCUUCUUUCUCCUCCGCCUCCAGUUGCUGCUCUCCGGCGAUCGGUAAGUCGAAGAAACAGAUGACAGAGGCCAGAGUCUUGAGAAUGGAGGAGAUGGACCCGCCUCUUCCGGUGGAGAAAAGGAAGGAGAAGCCGUAUUACGUCGAGAGCUUGUGGAGGAGAAGGUGCAGAGAUAGGGAUGAGCUCACACAGCUGGAGCUUUGCCAGCCGGUGAGGCUGCCGGCGGCCUGCUAUGGCGUCGUAGAUUGAGAUUUUAGGUGAGCUAACAUCGAACUUGUCCAGAGACCAAUAAUAAAGCACCACAUCAUUUGGGCGCUCGGUACCGCACUCGAUACACUCGGUAUGCUCGGUAUUCUAUCCGGACGUAAUAAUUUUUCCAUCUAAUAAGCCAUAGCUCGAUCUACUCCUUGUACUUGCUCUUGUAUAUUAUAGCUCAUGGAUGGCCAACUAUGGCUUCUUUUUUUCCUAUGUGCCCCCCUAAACUUUUAAUAUUUUGUGUACAAUAAACAUAUGUUAAUGUAUCUUAUUUGAGGUUUUUA